CCACUCGUCCCCCAAGCCUUUUAAACGUCUCCCAUCCGCUUUCUUGGCUGCAACAUUGUCUCAUCACCAACCAGACCUAUAGCACCAUGCCGUCCGCUCCUCCAUCCUGGGUUCAGGCGCUCAAGCCCUCCGACCCCCAGGGCCCCGAUCUCCUCACUGCCGAGCGCAGCGGCUCCAAGGUCAACUCGAACCGCCUCGCCGUCCUCCUCCACGGCCAGGAGGGUCUCGACCGCGCCGACAAGCUCACCAAGAUUAUCGCGGCCGAGCCCGUGUUCAACAAGGACGAGCUCCUCUCCCUCGGCCGUGUCGACCGCAUCCAGCGCUCGCUUGCCCGCGGCAAGACGCUCAAGCGCCUCGAGAAGAAGCACGGAUGGAGCGAGGAGGAGUACCUCGCUGCCGUCCGCAUCUCGGGCGAGCCAAACGUCUACGGUCUCCACGACGGCAUGUUCCUCAAGACGCUCAAGGAGCAGGGCAACGCCGAGCAGCACAAGCUCUUCCUCGAGCCUGCUAUUGCCAACCGCUACAUUGGCUGUUACGCCCAGACUGAGCUCGGCCACGGCUCCAACGUUCGUGGUCUCGAGACCACGGCCACCUGGGACCCCACGGACAAGACGUUCGUCCUCCACUCGCCCAAGCUCACCGCUUCCAAGUGGUGGAUUGGCUCGCUCGGCCGCACUGCCAACCACGCCGUCGUCAUGGCCCAGCUCUUCAUCAAGGGCAAGAACUACGGACCCCACCCCUUCGUCCUCCAGAUCCGUGACCUCGACACGCACGAGCCCCUCCCCAACAUCUACGUUGGUGACAUUGGACCCAAGUUUGGUUACAACUCCAUGGACAACGGUUUCCUCCUCCUCAACCAGGUCAAGGUUCCCCACAUCAACAUGCUCGGCCGCUUCUCGACUGUCGACCCCGCGACGUCCGAGUACCGCCGUAUCGGUGCCCCCACUCUUGUCUACGGGACCCUCACCUUCAUCCGCUCGAUGAUUGUGCUCGAGUCGGGCGCGUCGCUUGCCCGUGGUGUCACCAUCGCCGUGCGCUACUGUGCCGUCCGUCGUCAGUUCCAGGACCGUGACGCCGAGGCUGCCGGUGUCCCCGGCGAGACCCCCGUCCUCAACUACAAGAUGGUCCAGGUCCGUCUCCUCCCGCUCCUCGCCGCCACCUACGCUCUCCACUUCACCGGCCGCAACAUGAUUGAGCUGUACAACCGCAACCAGGAGGUCAUGAAGAAGAACCUCGCUGCCCAGGCCGCAUCCAAGGGCUCGCCCGGCCCCGAGGAGCUCCAGCCCGGUGCCGAGCUCCUCGCCGACCUCCACGCCACCUCUUGUGGUCUCAAGGCCCUCUCCUCGACGAUUGCCAUUGACGGCCUCGAGAUGUGCCGUCGUGCUUGCGGUGGCCACGGAUACUCGAGCUACUCUGGUAUCGGCACCUGGUACUCGGACUACCUCCCCACCGUCACCUGGGAGGGCGACAACUACAUGCUCACCCAGCAGGUCUCGCGCUACCUGCUCAAGACUGCCCGUGCCGUUCAGAAGGGCAAGGCUCCCAACAACGACACCUCCAAGAUCUUGGCACACUACCUCAACCGCCAGACCACUGGCGCCGCUUACGACAUCCUCAACUCGGACGCGGACAUUGUCGCAGCAUUCGGCUGGCGCGCUGCCUUCCUCACCUUUGAGUCGCUCCGCCUCCGUGAUGUCCAGAAGCAGUCGUGGAACUCUCUCCUCGUUCAGUUCUGGCACCUCUCGACGGCCCACUCGCAGUACCUCGUCAUCAAGAGCUUCUACGACGCCGUGUUCGAGAACCGCGCCAAGGUCGCCGCCGAGGUUGGCGAGCAGACCGCCGACGUCCUCCAGGACCUCUUCAGACUGUACGCUCUCCACACCAUGGAGACGCACUCGGCCGAGUUCUUCACUGCUGGUGCCGUUUCCGUCAACCAGCUCACCCUCGCCCGCACGAGCGGCAUCUCGCAGCUCCUCGACCGCAUCCGCCCCAAUGCCGUCAACCUCGUCGACGCCUGGUCGUUCUCCGACUUCCAGCUCGACUCGUCGCUCGGCAACUAUGACGGCAACGUCUACGAGAAGCUGUUCAACCGUGCGCGCCAGAACCCGGUCAACACGCUCACCCUCGACCCCAACCCCGACUCGACGGUGUUGGUCAAGCGUGUCGCCAAGCUCUAAGCGUCAUGGUGUAGCAGCAGCAAAUUGAAACAUAGCAAAGUCAUCAUUCCAGUGCCCAUGUCGAGUUGUACGUUGUGAUAGGAGAUGCAAAAACGUCUUGGUCUAGCAAGCAGAGUUUGGUUGCCGUGUCCUUCAACCGAGCAUCGGUCCGGGGCGGCGCCGAUACACCUGCCAGCGCCGAUGUUAUCUUGCUCCGCCGGAGCAGGGGGGGUGGAGUCGAGGCGGCCCAUGUGAUGGCCGAGGAGUACGUGCAUGUCGUCUCGCUGCCCGAACAGCGUGGACCUGGUGUGUGCCAUGCGGCGUUCGGCGAUUGGCGUUGUCGCAGUCGUGGAUGGCGAGCAAGAGGAGCAGGGGGACCUCGUGCCACGUUCCAAACUGCGCUCGUGUGGUCCCGUUACCAGCCUCCGCUCUCCUGCCGUUUCCGCCAGCAACCUCUCCCUCCCACCCUGCACAUUACGACACGAAGGGAACAACGACCCUUACGGUGGUUGCAGCCUAGCAAAUCUGGGUACCAGUCGAG